AUGAGUGUGGGGCGGGGCUUCCUGCUUCCACGCAAGGCUCAGCCGCUGACCCCGAUUGCUCCGGCCUGUGAAAGGCGCUGCUCUAGGCGCGAGACUCGAAGACAGCACCUGCAGGCGGAGGCCGGAGGCAGCACCGGGCUCCUGAUGGACUUGGCAGCCAAUGAGAAGGCAGUUCACGCGGACUUCUUUAAUGAUUUUGAAGAUCUCUUUGAUGAUGACGACAUCCAAUGAGGCGCCGUCCGCGGUCCUGCGGUCAACCCUUUGCUGCGUGGGCAUGUGGCGCAGCCCUCGGGACAGUCGGGGUGGUUCUGCAGAGUAGGUGGGAACUCCUGGAAUGCGGAGAUGGAUAACCAAGAAAGGGCCGUGUCAGCCAUGUGGGUGAGGCCUGUGCACCUCUGAAUGUGACCUGCUGCUGUCCUCACUUCAAUUAAAAAAGUGAUGUUACUGCAGGGUGA